UCUAGUAUAUCUAGCCAUGAUGUGUCUAUCUCUGACAAUAAUUCAUCUAAUACAAAUGAUAUGAUUUACUCUAAAGUUUCACUAGAUAAAUUAGCAGAGAUAACACAACCAAAGAUGAGUCAAAGACUUGAAGCUCAGCUUUCUCAAAAUUCUAAUUCCUCAUGUGCAGUAAAAAAAAGUGUCUCUUCUGAUAGAAACAAAGUUUCAUGUCUCAAAGAGACACCCCCUACAG